CUUUGAAAACACCGGAUAGGCUACAAACCCGGAACAGUGACGUUUUCAAGCUAGCUGCUUGUGUCUCACAGCAGAUAAUGACAUUUGCCAAUUAAUUAUUACAGCCCUGUUAUUAAGAACAGACAGCUUAGUUGCACGGUUAGCUGUCACUUUAGGGCAAGAAUAACUCUUUUUCGUUUGGUGGUGGUUGUCAGCUUUCUCCUGCCAGCUGGUCGCCUUUUAUUUGUGUUUACCUUCCUUUUAUCUGUCAGCUGUCCAGGCAGGUACAGUAUGGACGCUGAGGCGGUGGUGUCGGAGGACUCGUGCCCCGACAGGAAGCGCAGGGUGCACGGCAUGCUGAAGCUCUACUACGGCCUGAACGAGGAAGGAAAGGCCGAGGAGGAGGAACAGUCCCUGGAUCCCUGCGACAUCAAUGGGCCGCAUUUUGACCCCGAGCAUUUCUUAAACAAGCUAAGAAGGGAGUGCUCUCUAGCGGAGUUGAUGGACCAGGAGACUUGUAUGGUCAAGCAGAUCCGCUCUUUGGACAGUGACAUGCAGACGCUGGUGUAUGAAAACUACAACAAGUUCAUAUCUGCCACAGACACCAUAAGAAAGAUGAAGAAUGAUUUCAAAAAGAUGGAGGAUGAAAUGGAUUGCCUGUCUGCUAACAUGUCGGCAAUCACUGACUUCAGCGCUCGGAUCAGCGGUACUCUUCAAGACCAGCACGCGCAGAUUACAAGCACCCCAGGGGUUCACACUCUGUUAAGGAAGCUGCAGUUUCUGUUUGAGCUGCCUGCCAGGUUGAAUAAGUGUCUGGAGAUGCAGGCCUAUGCUCAGGCAGUGAGAUCCCACCGCCUGGCCCGCUGUGUGCUGCAGCAGUACAGCCACCUGCCCUCCUUCAAAGGGAUUCAGGAUGACUGUCACGCCAUCAUGGACAAGCUGGCACUGGAGCUUCGACAGAAGUUCAGGGAUGGUGGGUCAAGCGCCAAAGAUUUAUCAGAGUGUGUGGAGCUGCUGCUACAGUUGGAUGAGCCAGCGGAGGAGCUCUGUGAUAAAUUCUUGAGCCAUGCGCGGUCUCGACUUGAGUCGGACCUCCAGGGUCUGGAAGCAGAGAUAAGACCCUACCCGUCUGCUUCAGCCGUGAAAGAUGCCUCUGUACGCGGGCUGUCAUCUCCUGCCUCUACAGGAUCUCCGGCUGCUAGCUCCCCUAAAGCCAGCGCUAUCUUUUCUCCCUCCUCAAACACUGACAUCCUGGAGUUCAUUGACAGAGGCUGCAAUGAAUUUGUCAGCAGCUUAUGUCUAGUAAUAACAUCCUAUCAAGAACUAUUUGUCAGCCAUGCUCAGACGGGGGAGCUCGCGUCCAAAAACAUUCCACAGAUGGCAAACGCUAAGCUGCAUGCAUUUGUGGAUGAUCUGGCCGCUCGGUAUUUCUCCCUCGUGGAGCGGAGGAUACAGGAGGAGAAAGGGGUCGGAGAUAACUCCCUCCUGGUCCGGGCCCUUGAUCGCUUCCACCGCAGACUUCAGGCUGUGACCAAACUGCUGCCAGGCUCUUCAGUGCCAUCCAAGGGGACAGAGAUCGUGAUCCGUGCAGCCACGGAGCGAGUGAAGCAGUACCUGGCCGCCCUGCAGAGCUUCUACAUGGACAGCCUGACGGACGUGAGGCAGGCCCUGGCCACCCCUCGGCUCUCUGUGGCCAGUGCUUCAGUGGGCGGAGGAGGGGGGGCCUUCUGGGAGAGAUGGUCCGAACAGCCUGCCAGAGCUGGCUCUCCCUCCCUGUCGGCCUCUAUUCUCAACCAGAUUAAAUCAGUGUUGGCAUCUGUGCAUCUCUUCACAGCUAAGGACAUUACAUUCUCCAACCAGCCGUAUUUUAAGGGUGAAUUCUGCAGCCAGGGUGUGCGUGAGAGCCUGGUGGUGAGCUUUAUAAAGUUUAUUUGCCAGUCUUCUCGCCAGUUCUGUGAGAGUUCAGGCGACAAGGGAGGUUCGACUCCUCCGGCCCUGCUGUUGCUGCUGUCUCGCCUCUGCCUGGACUAUGAAACCUCCACUAUCUCCUACAUCCUCACUCUCACAGACGAACAGUUCCUUGUGCAACACCACAGUCCCGUAACACCUGUCACAACUUUAUGUACAGAAGCAAGGGAGGCAGCGCAGAAACUGCUGAACCACUAUGUGAAGGUUCAGGGCCUGAUCAUCUCCCAAAUGUUAAGAAAGAGCGUCGAAACACGAGACUGGGUCAACACCAUCGAGCCACGAAACGUCCGAGCUGUGAUGAAGAGAGUCGUAGAGGACACCACCUCCAUAGAUGUGCAGGUCGGUCUUCUGUAUGAAGAAGGAGUGAGGAAAGCCCACAGUAGUGACUCCAGCAAGAGGACCUUCUCUGUGUACAGCAGCUCCAGGCAGCAGGUCCGCUACGCUGCCAGCUACACUCCCAGUGUUCCCAUGGAUACUAAUCUGCUGAGCAACAUACACAAGCUGUUUUCUGAGAGGAUUGACAUCUUCAGCUCAGUGGAGUUCAACAAGGUCUCUGUGAUGACUGGAAUCAUCAAAAUCAGUUUGAAGACAUUCCUGGAGUGUGUCCGCCUGCGUACCUUUGGCCGCUACGGGCUGCAGCAGAUCCAGGUGGACUGCCACUACCUACAGAUGUACCUGUGGCGCUUUGUCUCAGAUGAGAACCUCGUGCACUUUCUGCUGGAUGAGAUAGUGGGGAGCUCCGCCCACCGCUGCCUGGAUCCCGCCCCCAUGGAGCAGAGUGUGAUCGAGGUCAUCUGUGAGCGGGGUUAAAGCUCAGAGUGCAGCACAGUCCUCUCCAAACACCAGAUCACAAACACAGACAGAACAACUCUGGAAUCGUGUAUCGGAGAUAUAACAGCAGUUACAGAAUUACUGUUUAAUGUAUUGAUUCAGAUUCAAAUGAUAUUGUUAUAUGGAAUUUGGGUAGCACUUUUAAAACUGUAGCAGUCUGAAGGAAAUCAAGCAACAUUUGACUGUCGAAUCUGACAUCAUUUUUCAGGCCCUUGCCAUACAAAGUGCACAGUUCUUAGUUGUAAUAAUAUAAAAGUCAUUUCCAAAACAUAGAUUAUAAGAAAACACCCCCUCUCAUCUCCUCUAUCUGCAAACUUGAAAAAAUGAAUAAUUCAAGAUAAAGCUAAACUUUUAAGCACGCCUUAAAGGAAUAACAGUGAUUGUGAUUGCAGAAUAUUAACAUAGUGAAAAAGUGGAAAUCUCUUGUAAUAUAUACAUUCUUUUAGGGAUCUUUUGCUGAACAAUAUGCAAUAUGAAUGUCAUCGGAUUAUGUGAUCCCUGUCUAACACUAAAGUCACUAAGAUUUACUGUAACUCUUGCCUUCAGGUUGGUUGACUCUGUUUUCUGUGACAUUUUUCAACAGAUACUUGAAGGAAUUAUAUAAUGUCUAUGUAUUCAAUUAAAUUGUAUGAUUGUGAUCAAAA